AUGGCCGACGAGGAGACGAACGGGGCGUACCCGAAGCUCGCGUCUUACACGGCACCGCAGGAAGUUCUCGACGAGCAUGCGGCAAUGGCUGAGGAGGACACUGAGCCGGACGAGUUCCAGGAGCGCCGGAACGUCAAGCAGAUCUCCCAAAGGCAGAGCGACUACCAGCUGCGGCGGUUCCAGCGGCGCGAUGGAGUCGGGGAGGGAGAGGACGAGAGCUACGAGGACCGUAUGCGUCGCGUAAACCUCGAGCGUGAGGAGGAUCGCGUGCGCAAGUUCAAGGAGCAGAAGGCGCGCGAGGAAGCUGAGCAGGGCGUGCCCCAGAUCACCGAGGACGACAAGACGCCACCACGGGCUCUGCUUGAGGGCGACGCGACGCCACCACGAGCUAUUGCUGGCGGAGACACGCCUCCGCGUAGGAAACGCUGGGACGAGGACGAGGACGGGGACGCCAAGGCAGAGCCAGACCGGAAGCGGUCGCGAUGGGAUGAGACGCCCGAGGAGGCCGAGGCCAAGCCCAAGAAGCGGAGGUCGCGCUGGGACCAGGCGCCGGCGGAAGAAGACAAACCCUCGUCUCUCGCAGUCAAGGAGGAGAAGGUCGCUGCGGCCGCGCCUCAGAUGGUCGAGGACAGGCGGUACCGCGCGAUCACGGACGAUGAGCUCAACUCGCUCCUUCCCGGCAAGGCGGACGGCUACGAGACCGUGCUGCCUCCCGAGGACUAUGUUCCGAUGCCCGCCGUGCGCAAGAUGGUUCCCGAGGACUCGCAGCACGCCUCGACCGGCUUUAUGAUGCAGGACGAGAACGCGGCUGCGCGUGCUGUACAGGCCGCGGGUGGGUUUCAGGGAACAGGCGAGCAGACGGAGAUCGAGGGCAUCGGGACGCUACAGUUCCUCAAGCCCGAGGAUGCGCAGUACUUUGCCAAGGUCCUUGGCGAGGGCGGUAGCGAAGCCGACGACGUGCACUACACGCUCGACGACUUGAAGGAGCGCAAGAUUAUGCGCCUCCUGCUCAAGAUCAAGAACGGCACACCACCCGUGCGCAAGACCGCGUUGCGACAGAUCACAGAUAAGGCGCGCGAGUUCGGUGCUGGACCUCUGUUCGACAAGAUCCUGCCGCUGCUCAUGGAGCGCUCGCUUGAGGACCAGGAGCGUCACCUGCUCGUCAAGGUCAUCGACCGCAUCCUGUACAAGCUCGAUGACCUUGUGCGGCCAUACGUGCACAAGAUCCUUGUGGUCAUCGAGCCGCUCCUCAUCGACGAGGACUACUACGCGCGCAUGGAGGGUCGCGAGAUCAUCUCGAACCUCGCCAAGGCGGCAGGCCUUGCCCACAUGAUCUCGACGAUGCGACCAGAUAUCGACCACGUUGACGAGUACGUGCGCAACACGACUGCGCGCGCGUUCGCCGUCGUCGCCACCGCGCUCGGUAUUCCGGCGCUCCUCCCCUUCCUCAAGGCCGUGUGCCGCUCCAAGAAGAGUUGGCAGGCGCGCCACACAGGUAUCCGCAUUAUCCAGCAGAUCGCUAUGCCGGGCAUGAUGGGCAACGGUGUGCUGCCACAUCUGCGCAACCUCGUCGACGCAAUCGCUCAUGGAUUGGAGGACGAGCAGCAGAAGGUGCGGACGAUGACGGCGCUCGCGUUGGCACAGCUCGCCGAGUCGGCCGCCCCCUACGGUAUCGAGUCGUUUGACAACGUCCUCAAGCCGCUCUGGCUUGGUAUCCGGCAGCACCGCGGCAAGACGCUCGCAGCGUUCCUCAAGGCCAUCGGCUACAUCAUCCCGCUCAUGGACCCCGAGUACGCGGGCUACUACGUCAAGGAGUGCAUGCCGAUUCUGAUACGCGAGUUCCAGACAAGCGACGAGGAGAUGCGCCGCAUCGUUCUGCAGGUCAUCAAGCAGUGCGCGGGCACCGAGGGCGUGCAGCCCACGUUUAUCCGGCAGGAGGUGCUGCCCGAGUUCUUCAAGGCGUUCUGGGUGCGCCGCAUGGCGCUCGAUCGCCGCAACUACAGGCAGUUGGUUGAGACGACUGUCGAGCUGGCCGUCAAGGCAGGCGUGUCCGAGAUUGUUGGGCGCAUCACCAACGAUCUCAAGGACGAGAGCGAGCCGUACCGCAAGAUGGUGAUGGAGACGAUCCAGAAGGUCGUGCAGGCCAACGGCGCCGCGGACAUCGACGAGCGCAUGGAGCAGUUGCUUAUCGACGGCCUUAUCUUUGCAUUCCAAGAGCAGACGCUCGAGGACACGGUUAUGCUUGAUGGCUUUGCAGCCGUCGUCGGUGCGCUCGGCGGGCGUGUCAAGCCAUACCUGCCACAGAUUGUGUCGAUGAUUCUGUGGCGUCUGACGAACAAGAGCGCCAAGGUGCGCAUGCUGGCCGCCGACCUUACGACCAAACUCGCACCGAUCAUCAAGCAGAACGACGAGGACCAGCUGCUGUCCAAGCUCGGUGUUGUGCUGUUUGAGCAGCUUGGUGAGGAGUACCCAGAUGCGCUUGGCUCCAUCAUUGCAGCCGAGGCGAGUAUCGCCAACGUCGUCGGUAUGACGCAGAUGAACCCGCCAGUCAAGGACCUGCUGCCCCGUAUGACACCAAUCCUGCGUAACCGUCACGAGAAGGUGCAGGAGGCGACGAUCAACCUCAUCGGCCGUAUUGCCGACCGCGGUGCCGAGUUUGUCGCAGCCAAGGAGUGGAUGCGCAUCUGCUUCGAGCUGCUCGACCUGCUCAAGGCGCACAAGAAGGCGAUUCGCCGUGCAGCUGUCAACUCGUUCGGAUACAUUGCCAAGGCCAUUGGCCCGCAGGAUGUCCUCUCCGUUCUCUUGACCAACCUCAAGGUGCAGGAGCGCCAGUCGCGUGUGCUCUCGACCGUUGCGAUUGCCAUCGUGGCGGAGACCUGUGGUCCCUUCACCUGUAUCCCUGCGAUUUUGAACGAGUACCGCACACCAGAGUUAAACGUGCGCAACGGCUGUCUCAAGGCCCUGGCAUACGUGUUCCAGUAUGUCGGUGAGAUGAGCAAGGACUACAUCCACUCUGUGAUCGGGCUGCUCGAGGACUCGCUCACGGACCGCGACCACGUGCACCGCCAGACCGCUUGCGCGAUUGUCAAGCACUUGACCAUUGGCGUCGCCGGCUUGGGAUACGAGGACGCGCUCACACAUCUUCUCAACCUUGUGUGGCCGAACGUCUUCGAGACGUCACCGCACGUCAUCGGCGGCGUGAUGGACGCGGUCGAGGCGAUGCGCGUUGGACUGGGGCCCGGUGUCGUACUCUCGUACGUCCUGCAGGGGUUGUACCAUCCCGCACGGCGCGUGCGCGAGGUGUACUGGCGCAUGUACAACACACUCGUGGUGGGCUCUGUCGACGCCAUGGUUCCCUUCCUUCCCGCAUUAGGGAGCUCGGCGGACCUGGCCACGGGGCAGGACUACACGCGGCACCACCUCCUCAUGUGGGUGUAG